GUUCAAUUCGAUCACCUCUCAAGUUACCCACCCACUUGCUGUUCAGCGAUGAUGCAUUUCCGCAGGAAGAUCGAAUUCAUGGUGGUAGUAGUGUUCGUACUCUGCGGAUGGUUUCUCUUUGACGCCCACUUGAAUGGCAUCCAAGGAGAAUCCGGCGAGGCCAGCGUUGUUCAGGUGCCAUGGCGACAUGAGGGAACAGAAGCGGAAGAAGAGCAAAACAUACUUGAGCACGAAAUUGCGCAUGGCGGCACGAAAGAGCAAUCAUCAUCAACCUCCACCACCCCUCGACAUACAAUCACGCUGGCGCAAACUACUGCGAUCGCGACACCUAGCCCUUCGCCCCCUGAUCGCGUUGUAGUAAUGGCAAAGGUUCCCACAGAUGACACACGCUGGGUACAUACUGACCUGCAAGACUGGCAGUCAGCUAUUUACGACAUCGAUACCGAAACCCCGCACAACACAUCGACCCUAGAUCCGCUUACUAACAACACUCUACGUACCCUUAGGAACAAAGGAAAUGAAGCAAAUGCAUACCUCGCAUACAUUGUGCAGAACUACAAUAAUCUCCCUUCAACGAUUGCAUUCAUUCAUCCGCAUAAAGACGGCUACCCGGCCGCCUGGCACACCGACAACAACGAACAUUCCAACGUAGUCUCGCUACAAACCCUCAACAUAAACUUCGUCCAGAGCAACGGCUAUGCGAAUUUGCGUUGCGUGAACGAUCCAGGCUGUCCGCACGAAGUGAUGCCGUUUCGAGACCCGCCUGAGGAUCAUCGAACAACCGAAGCAGCGAUGCCAGAUGCGUGGCGAGACUUGUUUAACAAUACGGAUGUACCGCACGUACUAGCGACUCCUUGCUGUGCGCAGUUUGCCGUCUCAAGCAAGCAAGUGCAGAAGCGGCCGUUGGACGAAUACAAAAAGUACUAUACGUGGUUGAUGGAUACUCCGCUCAAGGACGAGACAAGUGGACGGAUAUUUGAGUAUAUUUGGCACAUUUUGUUUGGGCAAGACCCCGUUUAUUGUCCCACAUACGAGAAGUGUUAUUGCGAUGUGUAUAACAGAUGUUGA